UCUCACGCAAACGUGUAGUACGCUCAUGGGCGGAUUCAUGGGUGAUUUUAUGACUCAUUUUAGCAACCUGCCCCCGCCAUCUUGGUCCGCCAUCUUAUUCCGCUAUCUGCUUCCGGCCAAAGAUCUGAUUUUUGCUUCCGCCUCCGCUCCCGUAUCUUCACUUUGGUCUUUGAAUUUGACCAUGCCGUCCACAUCUACGAGUGUUGCCUACUGCUCGGCGCUAAAUUGUUUCAAUCGCCAAUGUAAGCGACCCGACUUAUCUUUCUUCAGGUUCCCCGUUAAAGAGGAAAGAUGUCAACAGUGGGUGCAGAAUACCCGCCGACAUGAUCUCCUACAUCGAACUGCGGCGUAUUUGUCACAGAACUGCCGUCUUUGUUCUGAGCAUUUCGAACCUAGCCAGUUUAACAACAACCAGACCAAGAACAGGCUAGUUUGGGAUGCAGUUCCAACGCUCUUUGACAUCCGUAACCCUCCGAAACAACUGUAUACUCAACGCAGGAUACUUGAGAGGAAUAAUGAGAACCUUCCAUCUUCACCGAAGCCUUCAAAGCAGCAAAGGGGCAAGUAAUUUUUAAAUAAACAUUUAAUUUCUCUCUUUUGCUAAAUCUAUCACAAUGUAAUAUCCUAACUGAUACAAUUGUCAGUGGCACAAUAUGAAAUGUCAUGUAUGGCACUAACAUUUUCAUGUGUGAGAUCUUUCAGAAUAUUCCAGAGCUAACGCCGGAACG